AUGUUAUCCUACGAGUAAGUUAUUAUUUUACCCUUUUGUAAAAUUGUUUGUUUCAUAUGAACUAAGUAAUUUAGCUCUAUACCAUUAGUGUAACUGUCAAACUUUAUUGAUUGUAUAAUAUUUCUUAUUUUUUGAUAUCUGUAGAAUAAUAAAUCAAGAAGACACCGCCAUAAUAAGAGAGGUCUAUGAUAAUGAUAACUCACAAGAAAUGUUCGAACAGGAAUUGGAUAAUGCUUUAGAAGCUGGCUAUAAAUAUAUUAUUAUUGAGCCUACCCAGCUAGCUGAUGAAACUGUCAGAUGGAUUAAUGUAGGAAAUUGUCUUUCGAAAACAGCUAUCAUAUCUGGUGCUUUGUCUACAGGAACAGGUGUGAUAUUUUUAAUAAAUAUUUAUUUGUUCAAUUUGUAGUGGUUUUUUUUUUUUUAAAAAUAAAUCAAUAUCUAGUACUUAUCUAGUUAGUUAAAUAUAAAUGUCACACUGAAAUAACUAUUUGAUAUUUUUCCUUCAUUUAUAUUAUAUUUUAACAUAUUUUAAUAUAUUUUUGAUUUUUAAUCAUCAUCAUAUAAUGAUAUGAUCUUUAUUAAAAUAAAACAAUAGUUUUUAUUACCUAUACAUUGAAUUGUUAAAUGAGUAAUCAGUAAUUACUCACUAUAAAAUAUAUGAAUGAAAAAUAAUAUCUAUUACAUUACAUAUAACAUAGCUGUUGGUAGGUAAUAAAUUAUGAGAUUUUUAGGUUAUAUGUUAUUAAAUACUAAUUAUGCAUAUUGUAUAUAUUGCCUUUAUUUUUCAAUAAAACAUUAGACAAAUUUAAAUUUACAAUUUGUUUAUAAUUUCAAUACAAUCUAAUUUACUUGUUUUUUGAUCCUCAAAAUAGCUUAUUUUGGGCCUUCCAAGCCAUUUGUGUAUGGCCCAUUGUGUAUGGUUUCAUUUGUAUGCACUGGAUUGUACAUGAUAUCAUGGCAGUUUGAUCCAUGUUGCAAGUAUCAAGUGCAUAAAGACCCAAGAUUGAAGUCACUUGAAAAACAAGACAACACUCCACCAUUGCCUGUGGUUAUUGAACGUGGCAGUGAUACAAAAAGGAAAAUCGUACACACUUCGAUAACUGUUUUGUCAACUGUCUAUUGUAUUUGGAAAUUGUAUGAAUACUGCAAAUAA